GGACCAGGCUGGUCCACGUGGUUUGAGUGGGGACUAAAAAGAGGAGCAGGGAGAAGUCAUCAGUGUGAUGCUUCCACAGUCAACAUGUCUCUCUAUCGCAACCUGGCCUGGUUCCUCAAGGGAAUGACUCAGUUCACCAGAAAUGCUUUCCUGUCAGCCUCCAAGCGCUUUGUGGAGAAGGACCUGGAAGUGUCUUUGGCGGGACGCACCUUCAUGAUCACUGGAGCCAACAGCGGCAUCGGGAAAGCCACGGCCAUGGCUAUUGCUAAGAAAGGUGGAACCGUCCACAUGGUGUGUAGGAACAAAGACAAGGCUGAGGAAGCGAGGGCUGAACUUGUCAAGGAGACGGGAAAUAAAGAGAUCUACGUCCACAUCCUGGACAUAUCUGAGACCAAGAAGGUGUGGGAGUUUGCUGACGCCUUCAAGAGGAAGUACAAGGCUCUAAAUGUCCUGAUCAACAACGCAGGGUCUAUCAUGAGUCAGAGGGACGUGAACACGGAGGGCCUUGAAAAGAGCUUCGCCACCAAUGUCCUUGGGGUGUACAUUCUCAUCAAGGGUCUCAUUCCUUUGCUGGAGAAGAGCGCAGACCCCAGAGUGAUCACUGUGUCAUCAGGGGGGAUGCUGGUGCAGAAGCUCAGGAUAGGAAACCUGCAGUCGGAGCGAGGCCGCUAUGACGGCACAAUGGUCUACGCCCAACACAAGAGGCAGCAGGUGGUGAUGACGGAGCAGCUUGCAAAGAUUCACACAAACAUCCACUUCUCUGUCAUGCAUCCAGGCUGGGUGGACACUCCUGCUGUAGCCAACGCCAUGCCUGACUUCCAUCGCUCCAUGAAGGACAGCCUGCGGACCCCCGAGCAGGGCGCCGACACCGUGGUGUGGCUCGCUGUGUCCGAGGCUGCCGGCGCCAGCCCCAGUGGACGUUUUUAUCAGGACCGCACGAUGGUGGCCACCCAUCUGCCGCUGGCUUGGACACACAGUUCCCCUCUGGAGGAGCAGAAGCUGAUAUCCGCUCUGGACGACUUGGCCAAGACGUUCCAGCCGCACUGAAGCAGAAGCAGCACAUCUUCACCGCUCUAACCAGCAACACUGACCAAGCCAAGGGACCUUAUCCAACCAUUAUUAUUGCUUAUUAUUAUAUAGUGCAUUCAUAAAGCCAGGUGACAAGGACUAAAACUACAUUUACGAUUUUCUUGAAGAGAGCAUUGCACACAUUUACAGUAUUUAACUGUGACUUUUUUGAACGUUGUCAAUCUGAUGGGAAUCUGAUUGGACCAAAAGUCACCGAGGCCCAGCUAUGAGUUCAACCUCCUUGUUGUGUAGCUAAAAAUGUGUAACUAACAACUCUGUUUGUGUGUUUUUGUCGCGUCGCAGUGUAGCGGGUGAAUUCCAGCAGGAAGUGCAGUGCUCUCACUACGGCAGGGAUGUCCAAACGGUUUCUGUCCAGAACACCGGUUAUGGACAAAAAAUUUGACAU